AUGUUCUUUCCACUGUUUAUCGCUCUUGUUUUCCUUCAAGAAGCUGAAAGCCUUGACAAAUUGAUUUCUUUGACAAAAAUCGAUGGCUCAUAUGCGAUGUCCGGGUAUCAGUUUCGAAUGUAUGAGAAAAUCAUCGUUGAAAACAAAGAGAAUCCGAAUGGGACAAUUUACGUUUCAUCCGCCACAAUUCACACUCCAGCUAACGAGACCGAUCCACAAGUCUGGAUCACCGAUGAUGUCGGGAACUACUCAGCGCUUCAAACUGGCAAACGCUUCUUUGGCCCGCGAGUAACAUUGUCGCUUGGAGUGGAUCGAAAUCCCAACUUUGUCAUUCAUUUCAUUCAAAGCGAUGAAACGAAUCGUAACGCAAAUAUCACCGUGGCUGAUGCACUCACUUCGGUCGAUGUGGAUGGAUUGACGUGGAAUGUUGUGAGCUUAUACAAUUUACCAUUUUCUUAUACGUUUGUCUCAAAUGAAUUCACUCCAAACCCAACUCUUGAGUGCCAAGUGACGAAUAUGCCGAUUAACAACUGCACCGUUGACAUGUACCUCGGCGGACGUCCGAGCGAGGAGGGGAAAGAAAAAUAUCGAUUAGCUAGUUUUACAAAUGAAACAAUUGGAAACUAUCGAACGAGUUACGUUUACGGAUACGCGGUCACAUUUCUCGUCCCAGCCAAUUGUAAGGCCGAUUAUGUGUGCCGAGGGAGAAGCUAUGUUACUGAGACUUCCCCAGAUGAGAACUCAAUGGGUUUCUUCAUGAGUGCUGAGUACCCGGGUGUGUUUGAUACAGAGCAUCGAGCUGGUUCGGAUGGUGCUUGGCUGAAAAAGGCCGAAUGGACUUAUCCAUCAAACGUCACUUUCUUUGUGCAAUCGGUGGACACUGGGAUCGGUGGAAGCUUGGGGAUUACUGUUGCUGGGAAAUAUAAUUUCUCUGGAACAAUAACAACAACGGUCACCACUUCGGAAGUUGCAAAAGGGAUUACGAUUGACUGGCAACCAUCAGACGACGUGAGAUACGGCUUCUUGACUAGAUGGUCGUCUUAUCUAGCUGAUGUGCCCACUCCACCAUCGACAAUCACCACAUCUCUUGAUUCAGCCACACACACAACCACUCUAUCAACCACCACAAAAACAGUUUCCAUUCUUUCACUUGGCAAAUCCUUGGCAAUUUUAUUUGUUUUCAUGAUGAUUCGUGUUCAAAGUGUUGACAAGGUGAUCUCAUUGACAAACAUCGAUGCCUCCUAUGUGAUUUCCGGUUACCUAUUCCAGACAUACACAAAUAUCAUCGUCGAGAACAAGGAUAAUUCGCGCGGAUUGAUUUGGGUGAUUUCAACAGCAAUCGGUGCCACACAACCACAAGCUCGAAUCGUUGACGAAACGGGAAACUAUUCAGCAGUCCCCGCUUCAGGCUAUUUUGGCCCAGGAAAGUUGACUCUUUCUGUGGGAGCUGAUCGAAAUCGCAAUUUCGUCAUUCACUUUUUGCGAACUGAUGAGACAAAGCGAAACGCUGUCUUUCCAUACGACACUGGGAUCACUUCUGUUUCCGCUAAUAGCAAAACAAUGGGAGUCAUGGCGAGCGAUAGUGGACCAAUGAUGUAUACGUUUGUCUCUUCUGAUUUCACUGCUUUUCCUCAAAUGGAGUGCUUGGUCGGAGAGGCUCAGACAAAAGACUGCACCGUUGAUAUGUACCUUGGUGGAAUGCCGAGCGAGGCGGGGAAAGAAAAAUAUCGAUUGGCCAGUUUUACACGAGAUUCGGUCGCAAGAUACAGAACGAGCUAUAUCUAUGGCUAUGGAGUGACAUUCUUAGUGCCGGCUGGAUGUGAUGCUGGCUAUGCGUGCAUGGGAAGCAAUGCACUUCCUCCAGAGACAAGACCCGACGAGAAUUCGAUGGGUUUCUUCAUGAGUUCCCAGUAUCCCGGUGUUUUCAAUACGGAAUGGUCUGGGACGAUUUUAACAUCGCAACUCCAAUCGUGGACUUCUCCAUCGAAUAUCACUUUCACUGUGCAAUCGGUGGACCCAGGAAAAACUGGCUAUUUGGCGAUCACACUCGGACAAUCAGCGACGGGCGAACUAAAGAAUUUUACCGAGAUAACGACCACACCAACCACACUUUCAAGCGUCGCUAAUCGAUUUAUGAUUUCCUGGCAACCAUCGGAUGAUGUGAAGUACGGUUAUUUGGCCAGAUGGUCGACCUACUUAGCCAACUCACCAACAGGCAACUUAUCCCAAGAACCAAUAAAACAAGACCAGCCGGCCAGU